AUGGGCUGGCCCAUCAUCGGCGAGACGCUCGAGCUCUACUCCCAGGACCCCACCUCCUUCUUCUCCAGCAAGCAAAAACGGCACGGCGAGAUCUUCAAAACGCACAUCCUGGGCUGCCCCUGCGUCAUGCUCGCCAGCCCGGAGGCCGCCCGCUUCGUCCUCGUCACCCAGGCCCACCUCUUCCGGCCCACGUACCCCAAGUCCAAGGAGCGGCUUAUUGGGCCUGCCGCCCUGUUCUUCCACCAGGGCGAGGCGAUUACCACCUCCGCCUCCGCAAGCUCGUCCAGCGCGCCCUCUCCCUCGACGCCACCCGCAGCUUGGCCAACGACGUCUCCUCCCUGGCCGCCUCCGCCCUCGAGAAAUGGGACGGCGGACACGUCAUCAACACCUUCGAAGAGCUCAAAAAGUUGUCGUUUGAAGUCGGGAUCCUGGCGAUUUUCGGACACCUGGAAGAGCAUUACAGAGUGGAGUUAA